UUACCCCAAUCAUGACACAAGCAGCUUCCAUUGCAUCGUUCGAUACGGGCUACAGUGCUGACUCGACCGAAUUUUGUCCGUUCAAAGACCACGCACAAUACCUAGCCGUAGGUACCUACCAACUCACGGACGAACAAGAAGCCAAUGUCCGCAUUCGUAAAGGCAAGACUUACUUGUUUGACGUAACGCAACCCCUGAUCCCACAACAAACUAUCGAAACCCCCGCUGUGCUUGACAUGAAGUGGAGUCAUGCGCUUGUCAAUGACAAGCAAGUGUUGGGUAUCGCCGAUGCGCAAGGUGGAGUCCACAUGUACGGAUUCAACGAGAACAACACAUUGGAAAAAGUAGAUCAUGUACAAGCAACAGACGAUCCCUCAACGCUCUGUCUUUCUUUGGACUGGGCCAGUCGUUUAAACAAGACAGACGGACGUAUUGUCACUUCCCAUUCGAACGGUACUGUCAACAUUUUAACACCCACUGAGAGUGGCUAUGUGGUUGGAGAGGAUUGGCAUGCGCACGAUUUAGAAGCAUGGAUUGCCGCUUUUGAUUACUGGAAUACCAACGUUGUGUAUUCGGGUGCGGAUGAUGGAUUAUUUAAAGGUUGGGAUAUACGAGACCCUUCUAACCCCACGUUUGUAUAUAAGCGACACAUGAUGGGAGUGACGACAAUGCAAUCCAACCCUAACAAGGAACAUGUCUUGGCUACGGGAAGCUAUGAUGAGACCAUCUAUAUUUGGGACACACGGUCCAUGCGAGCACCUGUUCAGACAUGUCAAACACCUGGAGGAGGUAUCUGGAGAUUGAAAUGGCAUCCAACCAAUGAAAAUCGAUUGUUAUCGGCCUCAAUGCAUGCGGGUGCCUUUGUGGUGGAUUUAAAACAAGAUGAAGAGCCUGUGGUGUCGACAAGCUUUUUAGAUCAUACCUCUAUGGCCUAUGGUGCUGAUUGGUCGUUUGCUGAUACAAGUUUAGUGGCGUCUUGCUCUUUUUACGAUCAUUGUAUGCACCUUUGGAAAGCAGCAGAUUAGAAUUUACCCUCCUCCUCCUCCCUUCUUUUUUUUUUUUAGAGAUGGAAAGGGGGCGCUGGCUUAAGGAGGCAACUAAAAAAAAAAGGGGGAGAGUGAAGAGGGAGUACAAUGAAUUACUGUAAAAUAUUACAACUGGAAAAAAGAAGCACAUCUUAUUAAACUAUUUGUUGACAAAACGAAAAAACUCAAAUCGCUAUUUUUUUUUUAAUGGUAAGAAAAGCAAUUCUCUAUCUAAAGGUUUUUUUAGGUGUUUGAAAAAGGUUAAAGUACAUUGAUGUAAGGAGAAAAGAGGAGGUUUUUGGAAUAGGGGGGUUGUUAGGUUCUAAAAGCAGAAAAAAAGAAGGAAAAACCAGUUUGUGUGUGUGUGUGUGUGUGUGUGUGU